AUGACUUAUUUAAAUAUAAAUCCCGUACUUACGGAUAUCACAGAGAGUAUUGAAGGUCAAGAAUCAGCCAAUAUCUCCUCUCUUCCUCUUGACAGACUUUUGGUUAAAAUCGUGGCACAGAAUGGUCCCUUCGUGAAUUUUACGGAAGAUCAAUUGCAGAAGCAGAUCGCGCAGGAUUCUGAAAAGGCCAUUGAGACAGAUGAAGCUAAGGAUACCGAUAUGGAUGUUGAUAUGCCAGAAUAUGAAGAGAGUGAUGCACAUGAAGAAGUUAAUAAUGAUGGUCAUCUUAAUCAUGAUGAAAAACUGCAGGAAGGUAUAUCAUUGAAUGCUGAGUCAGAGCACCCAUAUCUUUCUUUGGAAAGUUUUAUGAAGCAGAAGGAAAAGGCUAUUGGCUACGUUGAUUCUGCAUUAAACGAGUCUUCGCUUUCGUUGGACUUUGUAUCAUUGUUAAUAUCGUGUGUUAGACCGGCUGCAGGAUCUUCUUCAAUGUCACCUCAUUUAAAGCAGAAUGUGAAGGUUGGGGUAUUAUCAGGCUCAAGCAUCGAUACGGAGCAACAUCAACAACAACAGAAAGAAGAAGAUAUUGAAUUGGACAAGAAAAAUCAAUCGGCUGGUCGUGGUUGGAAGUUACAAAGUUUGGAACGAGUCUCUUCUGAUUUGAAAUCUGCUGCAGAGAGAUUACGAAUCGAGAUCGGCAAAGAAAAGAGAUAUUGGGAUGGUAUGAUGGAUAUUGUGAGAUCUGAUGAGGUUGUCAUACCUGUCAAGUCCAGAAACAGUAAGUCAGUGAAAGAAAUCGGUGUGAAAUUUGGCUUUGGAGACGCCGGUUCCAACUACUUUGAUAAGGGAAUUGGAUUAUUGCGUAAGAAUAAGAAUAAUGGUGAGUUAUAUUUUGAGAAAAAGGAUGUUAUACAACAGAUGCAAAAUGUCCAGAAGGCCGGUAAAGAAGAGACUGAUAAAGUGGUCACCGUUAAGCUUUACAAACGUUGCAACGACGAUAAUAGAACGGAGGAUGAACACGGCUCAAAAUUAUUUAUGGUUGGAAGAUCAACAAACUUGGUUCAGAGAUUGGACAACCUUAUCUUGGAUAAAUCGAAAAGUAAGGUCAUUAACGAUAUUCGUCGUGCCAGAUUUUUUCUUUUUGAGGAGGAACUAUUCUAUCAGUUGAUGAGGGAGGCUUCUACAUUGACAUCUUUACAAGUUAAAGUGAAGUCAGAUAAAAUUAUGGUGGAGUUGCAUCAUUUGGUUUUAGAGAUUGCAUUUGAGUCGAUGGAAGAGGUUAAGUCAUGGGAUAACGCUACAGAAUUGAUAACCGAAUACAACAGCGAUGCAGAUGAAAUAGGAUCAUUUUUAAGGUUAAUGCUUUGUUCUCAGCAUCGACACAAUCUACAACGGAGAAGGCUUCCGCCAGUGUCACUUGACCAGUCUCCUUUGCGUUCUCAGACAAAUGAACACUCGACAGUCAUGCUUAUUCGGCCCUUAAUUACGUAUAAGAAGCAUGAGAGAACCAUUAGGAGACUGAAAAGAAUAUUGCGGUCAAUACUCAUUGACUUAGAAGGUAAGGAUAGUGAAGCAGAGGUGGAUGAAAUGUUGAAAACCAACUCGAGACUGAAAAGAUUUUGCAACGAUCCAAAUCAGAUGAGAAGUGUUAGAAAGAAGAGAAAAUUAUUGAAGGAUAAUCCGUUCAUCAGGUGUCUUCUCUCACCAUUGUCUGUAAUGGAGUUGCGGUAUAAGGAGAAGUUAGAAGUUCGAAUUGAGCUCACAUCCAGCUCGUCUGCGUCCUACUCCAGUAUUUCAGUUAAUGUCAGGCUGAAAAGUUCGGUUCAGCCAGAAAAGCCAAACAAGAAGUCAUCGUCACCAUCCGAGGACGCUUACGAUUUAUCAGUGCUUGAUGUUCAGUUUUACGAUGUCAGAGAGGUUGAGGACUGUCUCAACUGGGUGAUUAGAAAUUAUACCAAGUAG